CAACUGAAAUGUAUAAAGUCCUGACUUCCUGACGACAUAUACAAUGUAUAUUAUACAUACAUAGAUCUCGUUGAUCAUUUAUAUUUCAUUCGCUCGGUAUCAAAGAAAACACUCCUGGUUCUGACCUUUUCUUGAUUUCACGACACUGAAGCAUGAGCAGCGAAGAGUCCAUAGACAUACGCGCAAAGGGCUGCGAUCGCGAGGCCACUGUCUCGCUGCGCCAAAACGAACUGAUCCGGAAUCUUCGCGCCCUGGUGGCCGUACGUUUCGAACAGGCUAUUUCUCGGAUAAUCCUGGUUUUUGCAGGCCAGGUGCUAGGAGAUGAAGGAACAAUAGACAGUAAGGGCAUCGUCUCCGGGGUCACGGUGCACGUGGUUUGUCGUGCGGAAGUGCUUGGCAGGGCAUUACCAACGUCGAGCCCAGUCACUAAGUCUCCGAAGUCGGGCGAACGCCUUAUGAGGUCCUGGAAAUCUGCCAACAUUGCCUACCUUCACGAUGAGCCCGAUGUGCUACGAAGCCUGUUGCAGUCUGAUCCGCGGAUCCGGAGUCUUCUCGAUGAGAACGCGGCAAUGCGUCACUAUCUGAACAGCGACCAGAACCUUCGCGAGAUGCUCUCUCUGGCUUUCAGUCCAGCCAAGCAGGAGUUGGGACGGCGCCGCGACCUCCACAUAUCGCGCAUGGAGUUUGUUCCCGGCGGAUACAAAGUGCUGAGCCGUUUGAACUAUUGCAUGCUUCAAGCCUACGAGGACAAUGUAGCCAUGUCCUUUCAGCAAGCUUCACAGUGCGAUGAAGAGUGCACAAACCCCCAGCGAGGUCUCGAAGUCAAGGACCCCCUCCCCAACCCCUGGCGUCGCUCGGCCAGCACUUCCGACCUUAGACGAAUGCGCGUACUGGCCAGACGUAUCCUCGCAGGACGGGACUCCCUGACUCAGAGUGGCAAUAAUACUGUUAGCAUUAAGGAAAACCCCCCGAAGCACGACAUCACCUGCGGUCAAGUAGAGGCUGCACCACAGAUCAAGCGCGGUGAUCUUCGUUCGCGCAAACAGGGUCGCCGGCAGCACUGCUACCAGGCCCAGUUGGAUCAGUUGGUUCAGAUGGGCUAUAGGAAUCGCAAUCAAAACAAGCGCGCCUUGCUGAUCUCUCUGGGCAACGUCGACAGCGCUGUUAGACUACUGGAUCAUUGGGACCGGUCUAUGGAGGAAUGAGGUCCGUUUGUACCACUUUUGUUAUGUUUCGUUGUUGGCCAAAAGUCUAUGACCUUGCAUCCCGAUCAA